AUGGAAGUGCCUUAAUUAUCAAGAACAAGAUUGAGUUCUAAGAAAUUGAGUGAAGGAAUAAGAAUUGAUAAAAAAGGUCAUCCUAUAUUGAAAGGGUAUAAAAUGCACUAAGUUACUUUCAUCGAUGAAAUUGUGAAAGAAAAAAAAAUACAUUAAAUAAUAUUAGUAGAUUGUUGGAAAGAGCACAACUUUAAUAAAUAUGAUAAUACAAAUUAAAAGUGUUGUUUGAUUAGUUGA